AUGCACUUUCUGAUUCUCGGAGGCAGCGGCCGCACAGGCAAGCUCAUCCUCGACGAAGCUCUGUCCAGAGGUCAUCAAGUUACAGCUCUUGUUCGAUCACGCUCUUCUCUGCAACCAACCGACAACCUCACCAUUGUAGAGGGCUCUCCACUCAAAGUGUCUGAUAUAGAAUCAGCUUUCAGAGCUGUCCCCAGCUCAACGCCUUCGGCAGUAGUGGUCGCCCUCAAUGCUCGCCGGGCGACCGAAUCGCCGUUCUCCCCGCCAGCGGCGGACACGCCAGUUCGCAUGAUGGCGGACUCAGUCGGCAAUGCCAUCAAGGUCAUGAAGCAACAUGGCGUCCGCAAGAUCGUCAUCAUGAGCGCGUUCGGGACCGGCAACAGCUUCGACAGCAUGAACUUGGCUUUCCGGUUCAUCUUCAGGCAUACAAACAUGAAGUAUCAGCAGAUUGACCACGAGGCCGUGGAUGCAGAGACCAGGGUUGCGGACGUGGAUUUCGUUCUCGCUAGACCGGCCAUGUUGGCCGAGGGCGAGGCUGGGGAGGCGAAAGUGUUGCCCGACGACGGAAAGGGGGCCGGCUUUAUGCCCAAGGUCAAUAGAGCUAGCGUUGCUAGAUUUAUGGUCAAGGCUUUGGAGACGAAUGAGUAUGACAGGCGAAGCCCAGUUCUCAUGAAUUAG